AUGAGGGUCAAUUUCGACAGAAAUUGGACUGACUACGAAGCUGGCUUUGGGAAUAUUCAAGAAGGUAAUUUUUGGCUCGGUAACAAAAUGAUCCACAUGCUUAUGAAAACACCUCGGUUUCUUCGAAUUGAGCUGAGGACAGACAGAAAUGAAAAUGGCUUUGCUGAGUACAGUGACGUUAAAGUGAAUGGUGUGGCUAAUAAAUACCGUCUUCAAAUGGCAUCUCCAAAUGGCUACCGAGGGUCUAUCGGAGACUGUGGUGGUUCUUCUUCAUGGCAGUAUUUCACAACAAAGGACUCGGAUAAUGACAAACAGUCUAACAUCAAUUGUGCUGUGAAAGAUGGUGCUGGCUGGUGGUACAAGAAUUGUGGAUGUGGAAAUCUCAAUAAAAAAGAGGGACCGAAGUGGAAUUCCUGGACCCCACCAGGCAAUUUCGAGUUCAGCGAGAUGAAGAUACGUUGA